AAUGUGUUUUUGGACCAACUUGGUCCUCUUGGCUUCAAUAUAUUUUGCGCACUUGUUGUCGAUCUCUUACAUGAGUUUGAGAUUGGCAUUUGGAAAUCGCUUUUCAUUCACCUGUUGUGCAUAAUCUGUGUGCAGGAUAAGGCUCUCAUCCAUGAAUUAGACCAGAGAUUCAGGCAGACUCCGACGUUUGGCCAAGCUACCAUCCACAAGUUUUCGGCCAACUCCUUGGAGAUGAAACAAAUGGCAGCCCGCAAUUUUGAAGACCUGCUCCAGGUAGGG